AUGCUCCAAGCACAUGGUAGCAGUGAGUCGAAGAGGCCUCUUCAUCCUCCUUUUUUCCGAGUCAGUGUGAAGUCUACUCCACUGGCCGACGUAUCUUCUAUUGUCGAUGCACGAUCAUCGAAAAGGACGAUGCUGCGUGAUAGCAGCUGCUUAACGUUGGUUGCACCCAUUGCAUUGUUGAGUGAUAUGGAACGGGCAUUGGACGGCCUUAUACUCCGCUUCUUCGUUGACCCAGACUUGUCUUUUUCGUCAGCUACACCCUUGAUUUGA